UUUUUAGCUUUGACAUUUGACAAAUUGACAAUUCCUUCUUUAGCUCAAGAUAUAUGUGGUGGCGUUGUUAUUUGGUUGUUAUCUCACCAUUCGAAAUUAAUAAUCCAGUCUUUUUAUCUUUAAUAUAAUAAAAAAAAGUAUAUUUGGAUAUUAUAUAUUUGAUUAUGAAUGAAGAACAGAGUACAGAUCCACAAUUAGAAAACUUUAUUCUGUCAGAAACUCAAAAACAAAGAUUUCAGGUUUUGGUGCACGGACUUACGGAUACGUGCUGGGAUACAUGUAUGGGUAAACCAUCAGUACGCUUGGAUUCUAAAACUGAAGUAUGCAUUAUGAACUGUGUUGAAAGAUUUAUUGAUGCUACAACUUUUAUAACUAAAAGACUUAUGAAUACAACAAAGUAUCGAUCUGACGCUCCUCUCGAAUUUCAAUAGUAAUAAAGAAACAAGUUAUAAAGAUGUUUUCUGCUGUCAAAAACUUUUUGCAACGUCACAAAAGGAAAUUUAUUGUAACUGGUGCCGUGUUUGGCUCUUUGUAUUUGCUUCUGAGCUAUGCUCAAAAAAGACUUAGAGAAUGGCAAGAAAAGGAGGCAAAAAAGUUUUUUGAAAUGACUCGAAAAAAACAACAUUUUGAAAGUACAGAGAGAACAUGUAAUCAAACUAUACUUACUCUGUCAAAAAUAGUUUCGGAAAGUAUUUUACGAUUACUUAAUACAGAAGAAAUCAUACAAAAAUUACAAGAUAAUCCCGACAAUAAACUUGCCUUAUGGGAACAGAUGAAAAUAAUGAUUUUUACGAGAAUUUGUGUUUUAACAUAUGCUCUGUCUAUAUUGAAUGUCACAUUAAGAGCACAACUGAAUAUAAUUGGUGGCUAUUUGUACAGAGAUUCUGUACAGGAAGGUGAACCACUUAUAGACAGUGAGUUACAAGCAAAAUAUUUGUCGCUAUGUCAUCAUUUUGUAGGUCCAGGAGUAGAAGAUUUAUCUAAGCAAAUAGAAAAGGCAGUUAAAAGAGUUGUAGAACCUAUUUCAUUAAAAAAGAAAAUAACAUUACAAGAAGUAGAACAAAUCUUUUGGUCCAUACAAACAAUUUUGUGCACUGACACUAAUGAUGGAGAUCCCAUUAAAAAAAUGGUUCACUAUUUAGUAGAUCAUACUGAAAUAAACGAUGCCAAAUUUGAUACAAUUGUAAAAGAAACCAUGGACAUUUUAGAGAGUGAUGAAGUUAUGUCAGUUGCCAUGUCCACGGUCAGUAGGAGCUUCUCCACUGUUGUUGAUGAGGUAGCAAAUUUAUUUGCAGCUAAAUGGGUGCCUACUAAGAAAAACCAUUUAGAAGUUGUAGAAGAGCAGGUAAUAACAAAUGGAGCAUUGAAAUUGGGAGCAAGUUUAGACCCAUUUGUUGAUGUGAACAAACUAGAUAUGCACUUUGUUAAACUUUUACCUGUUAUGAAUGAACUUAUUAUGAAAAAUACUUGCAAAGGCAACACCAACAUUCCAGAUUUACUUACACAACAGCUUACAUUGAAUGAGAAGCUAAAAAUGCUCGGUGCAAAUGUAUAUGAAGUGUUUAGCAAUAUAUAAAUAUAUUGCUUAGGUGAUAAACUUAAUAAUUAGAAUUAAUAUGGCUUAUAAAUUAAUUUGCAAAAAUUUAGUUAAAAGGUAUACUUCACAAGAAUAACAACAUUCUUUGGUCAUUUCAGGGUAGUUUAUAAAAUAAAUAAUGUUGAAAUGUUUGCAAAUACUGUGGGGUGGUAUAA